CGGCGGGUCGGUGACAGUCGCUGGGCGGCGAGCGGCGGCGAUGGCGACCGCGAUGGCAGCCACGGCGGCGGAGCGGGCGGUGCUGGAGGAGGAGUUCCGCUGGCUGCUGCGCGCCGAGGUGCACGCCGUGCUGAGGCAGCUGCAGGACAUCCUCAAGGAGGCCUCUCUGCGCUUUACCCUCCCCGGCUCAGGCACCGAGGGGCCCACCAAGCAGGAGAACUUCAUCCUGGGCAGCUGUGGCACCGACCAGGUGAAGGGUGUGCUCACGCUGCAAGGGGACGCACUAAGCCAGGCGGACGUGAGCCUGAAGACGCCCAGGAACAGCCAGCUAUUGCGCUUCGCCUUCCGGGAGGACAAGCAGUGGAAGCUGCAGCAGAUCCAGGACGCCAGGAACCACGUGAGCCAAGCCAUUUACCUCCUUACCAACCGGGAUGAGAGCUACCAGUUCCGGACUGGCGCAGAGGUCCUCAAGCUGAUGGACGCGGUGAUGCUGCAGCUGAGCAGAGCCCGCAACCGACUCACCACCCCAGCCACCCUCACCCUGCCCGAGAUCGCUGCCAGCGGCCUCACGCGGAUGUUUGCCCCCGCCCUGCCCUCUGACCUGCUGGUCAACGUCUACAUCAACCUCAACAAGCUGUGCCUCACGGUGUACCAGCUGCACGCCCUGCAGCCCAACUCCACCAAGAACUUCCGCCCGGCCGGAGGCGCGGUGCUGCACAGCCCGGGGGCCAUGUUCGAGUGGGGCUCCCAGCGCCUGGAGGUGAGCCACGUGCACAAGGUGGAGUGCGUGGUCCCCUGGCUCAACGAUGCCCUGGUCUUCUUCACCGUCUCCCUGCAGCUCUGCCAGCAGCUCAAGGACAAGAUCUCCGUGUUCUCCAGCUACUGGAGCUACAGGCCUUUCUGAGCAGAGCACCCCAGGAGCCUGACCUCCCACUCACGCCCCUCGGAGUGCUGGCCAGAGCCAGGGCCGGCACCACCAGCUAUUUAUUUCCCUCUCCGCCCCGUCCUGCCCACACGCUGGCACAGAUGGCCGUGAACACUGGACCGCUGGGAGGAAGGGCUGCUGGCUGGCGUUUUGUUGUGAAUGGGGUUGGGAAGGCGCGGCCCCGGUGGCCCCCACUCCAGCCCUGACACAAGAACCUUUGUACUCAGGGUGGGGCCAAACCCGGGCUCUCCUUUCCCCCAGCCCGAGGCUGCUGCCCAGGGCAGGCCGCAGGGUGAGAGUGGGUGGUGGUGCUGGCAGUGAGUGGGGAGAAAAGGAGGAAGAAACGCUCAGACAGAAACCGCCUGCCCUCAGCUGCGUUGCCCCGGAUGUGUUUGCUUGGCAACGGUGCUUCCGAGAAAUAAAGACCAUCCAGCCUGCCUGGAAGCCUCCUGUCUGUCUGUCUGU